UCCCGGCGGCUGCGUCACGAUCCGCGAGCGGCGGCGGCGGCGCCGGCGCGAACAAUCAGGAAAUGUCGGCCGUAGAUAGCCUUGGCGAGAGCCGUAUGGCAUUUCGAGUCGCGGAAGCGGGGCGCGAACGACGCACCGCCGUCGGCGCGACUUUUUGCGCAGUUCAUGGCUUCUCAGGGUCAGCUGUACACGCUGUGCGGUUUCAGUCCCGAACUGGACUGGCGGCCCCUGCGCUUCGUCGAGCCCGUUCCCGCGCACAGAGUGUGCAGCGCGUGUGGCGUGCUGCCCAGCGUGACCGCUUUCCUUUCGUGCCGGCACGUGCUGUGCAAAAGCUGCUACGAGCGAUGCCUGCUCAACGGUGGACGCGUCUGUCCGAUCGAAGGUGACCCGUUUCUGGAAGACGACGUCGAGUGGAGAGAGUUACCUUCGGAGAACCUGCUCAGUCGGAAGGUGAAAUGCUGGAAUGAAAAGCGUGGCUGCGAAGUGGUUCUGUCCGCAGCAGAGAUCAGCAAACAUUUUUGCGAGGACUGCGACCACCACUACACGUCGUGCCCCAAGUGUUCGAUGGUCGUACUACGUAGCGAUGUGUGCGGGCAUCUACGGAGCAAAUGCAGGGACUACGCGGUGUCUACAACGUUCGGUGCUCCAGAAAAGUCGGACCACGAUGACCAAAAAGCAAUGAUGAUGGCUCUGAAUGCAAGCCUAGACGUGCGAGGAGAUGAAAUCAAAGGCAGGCUAGACCAAGUGAUCAGUGAUAAUACUUCUCAAAGUGACCGUCUCAACGAGAUUUCACAUUGCAUGAACUCGACGAAAGAAACACUGCUGCAGAUAUCAAGGGGAAGCAAAACGUCCGAGAGCGAAGAGUUGCAGGCAGCAGCUGGCUUAUUAUCCUCUGAAGCAAUCCAGGAAAGUUUGGUUGGUCACGGUGAAAAGAUGCACCAGCUAGCGCAGACCGUGAGCAAUUCAAAUAGAACACUGAGAGAAGUCGAAUAUGAGCUGAAGCAGACUUUUCGAAAAGAGCUGCAGGACGCUGCGAGGACAAUCUGUAGAAGUUUGGAGGAAAGUAUAGCUGGCAUUUGUGAAGCAAAGUGCGCAGCGGAGGAUGUUGAGUCGAGUAGAAUGAGCAAACAAAAAGAACUGGCUUUGAACACUAUCAAUGUUAACCGAUACGAAUUUUAUGUAAGGGAUAUAAAAUCGAUGACUGAGAGCGCACACUCAGAAGGCUUUCGUGAUUGCGCGAGUGAAAAGAUAUACAUCUCAGGCUAUCACAUGUCGCCGGGAGUUUAUUUCAGAAAAGAAGGAGAGUACGUCUUACUGUACGCUGGACUUCAGCUUCACAAAGGAGUGAUCGAUGAAUUCCUGCAGUGGCCUUUCAUUCAUAGCGUCAAGCUGACCAUCAAACAUCCAUCGGAAGACAAGCACUGUUCCUUUAUCGCAAAAACUGGAGGUAAUCUUGAUUACGAUGGAAGACCCGAAGAAUCGAGUAACGAAGGCUCGUAUUUUCGAGACGGAUCAUUUAAGUUGGUUGAUCUGGAACGUGAAGGAUACAUUACUGACGACAGGCUUUGGAUAGUGUGGGAGCUUGUUCCGGAGGACAUAACCGAAGAAAAGUGAGACGUACUGGACGCUUCUUCAUCAAAUGCUUAUGCCGGAAAACUUGUUGAAAGUGAGCACGGCUGUGCGAGUAGCUUCGUUGCAAGCAAAAUAAAGUCUUUU